UGUGUGAGAGAGAGAGAGCUGCUGCAGCCUGCUUUCCUGCCUGCCUCCAUCCAGCGCUCGCUCUCCGGCUCGGCUCCUCCACUCCACCUUUUCCGUCCUCCAGCCAUGGCGACGGUGCUCCAACAGCCGCUCACUCUGGAUCGAGAUGUGGCCAGGGCCAUUGAGCUUCUGGAGAAGCUUCAGGAGUCAGGCGACGUUCCAGCUUACAAGCUGCAGUCGCUGAAGAAGGUGCUCCAGAGCGAGUUCUGCACCGCCAUCCGCGAAGUGUACCAGUACAUGCAUGAAACCAUCACCGUCAACGGCUGCCCCGAGUACCAGGCCAGAGCCACAGCCAAGGCCACGGUUGCCGCCUUUGCCGCCAGCGAGGGCCACUCGCACCCACGGGUGGUGGAGCUUCCGAAGACGGAGGAAGGGCUGGGCUUCAAUGUGAUGGGCGGCAAGGAGCAGAACUCGCCCAUCUACAUCUCACGCAUCAUUCCCGGUGGGGUGGCCGAGCGCCACGGCAGUCUUAAGCGAGGCGACCAGCUCUUGUCCGUCAACGGGGUGAGCGUGGAGGGCGAGCACCAUGAGAAGGCAGUGGAGCUGCUAAAGGCGGCCAAGGACAGCGUCAAGCUGGUGGUGCGCUACACGCCCAAGGUGUUGGAGGAGAUGGAAGCGCGCUUUGAGAAGCUGCGCACCGCCCGCCGCCGCCAGCAGCAGCAGCUGCUCAUGCAGCAGCAGCAGCAGCACAACAUGUCCACUCAGCAGAAUCACACGUCGUAGGUUGUUCCAGAAGAAGAAAAAGUAAGGCCAAUGCGAUGUCUGCAGGAUCUCUUGGAGAUGCCGACCAAUCUGAAGUUCUUGGAGUUAGCACGACUCUUGCAUCAAUCCUGGCGUUCCUGAGCUGAAAAACAACGCAAGCGUUUUGUCCCAAAUUUGGUGCUUGGGGGGAAAAAAAGGAACUUUUUUUAACCUUUUGUCUUCUCUUUACUGUCUUUCCAUUGUUUUUUCCCCCAUCAUGCCUCAGUCCUGAAAGUGCUUGUUUUUGAACAUUGUUUUUGAGACAAAAAAAAAAGUUUUUAAUGGUAGCAAAAGACUCGUUUUGUAUUCGGUAGCUUUAGCAAUAAACACAACCAGACAAAUGUCAAUGAAAUCUAUUAUUUGGAUUAGGAAUUUGUACUCAUCGAUGAAUAAUGUUCUAAAAAUAAGAGUAAAAUAUAAAUGUAUUUCCUAUUUUCUCACAAAUGUAUUUGAUUUUUGAAUCCUUUGUCAUAAUUUCCUCUCCCCCUUGUUUUGGUGCAAUAAUUCUCUAUUAGACGAGCAGAAUGUCAGCUUCUUCCAACCCAAAUACACCAGAUUUAUCUUUAUUUGUCAUAGUUAAUUUAUAUUAACGAUCAGAGUUUUAUUGUUCCCUUUGUGAACAUUUUGAAAGAUUAUUAUGGAAGAUCUUUACAUUGUGCAGAUGAUGUGGAUGGUGGUAUUUUGACAAUCAUUGCUGGUGAAAAUGUGGAAUGUUUCUUUCCUCGGAUACAAUAAUCCAGUGUUCCUUCUUUCUUCUUCAAACA